CUCCAAGACUAAUGAUUCUAAUAUUUCAGAAUCCGAACCAAAUACUAUGGCCGAAACUCAAAAACCCGUUCUUUGCGGGGCUGUUGCUGCCGACGAAGACCUUCAAAAUCCUGAGCAUACCGAGCGCAUCGAGGCCGCUCUUGCCACAACCGACGGACACUCGGGUCGGUCGUAUAAAGUGCACAGUGUGACCAAGCAAGUCGUUGCCGGAGUGAAGUACACUUAUCACAUUUCAUUCGUGAAUGACGAAUCUGGCCAGCAGUACAAGAUAUCCGUGUGGGAAAGGCCGUGGCUGAAGGAAAAGCAACCGUCCGAGGCUCGGAUAAUCACGUUUGAGGAGUACUUGGCGAAGAACGAAUAACACUUUUUGAUUGGAAUUAACUGUUGAUCACUUGUGCGGAAUGUUGGUUUUGUCUCAUGCAAUGUAGUUUAGGUACGUGCCUUUUUCUAUAAGUAUAUCCAUUGCAAACAAUCUAUUAAUAAAAAGUAUGUUUUUUAAGUUCCUGUCGGAUUGAAUCAUUAA